AUGCGUUUCUCUACUCUCGCUACGUCUUUAGUUUUGGCUGCCACACAUGUCUCCGCAGUGGGUGAACUCGCUUUCAACAUUGGUGUGAAGAACAACGACGGAACUUGCAAAAGUGUGAGUGACUAUGAAAGUGAAUUGAACAUCCUGAAGGACUACACGCAUACUGUGAAGGUUUACGCAGCAUCAGACUGUAAUACGCUGCAGAAUUUGGGACCAGCCGCAGAGGCCGAAGGCUUCCAGGUUUUUGUUGGUGUCUGGCCAAACGAUGAUGCUCAUUAUGCUGCUGAGAAGCAAGCACUACAAGAUUACCUACCAAACAUCAGAAGUUCGACCGUUGCCGGCUUCUUGGUCGGUUCCGAAGCGCUGUAUCGUGAUGACAUGUCAGCUUCCGAUCUAGCUGACAGGAUCAACGACAUCCGUAGCACAGUUGAAGGUAUUAACGAUUCCCAGGGUAACUCCUAUUCCGGUAAGCAAGUUGGUACCGUUGAUUCAUGGAACGUUUUGGUUGCUGGCUACAAUGCCCCAGUCAUUCAAGCAAGUGAUUUCGUUAUGGCUAACGCUUUCUCCUACUGGCAAGGUCAAACCAUGAACAACGCUUCCUACUCGUUCUUUGAUGACAUUAUGCAAGCUUUGCAAACUAUCCAAAGCACCAAGGGCUCCACUGAUAUUACCUUCUGGGUCGGUGAGACCGGAUGGCCAUCUGAUGGAACCAACUUUGAAAGUGCUUACCCCUCCGUUAACAACGCUAGACAAUUUUGGAGAGAAGGUAUUUGUUCCAUGAGAGCUUGGGGCGUCAACGUUAUUGUUUUCGAAGCUUUUGAUGAAGACUGGAAACCAAAUACCUCAGGUACUUCAGAUGUCGAAAAGCAUUGGGGUGUCUGGACCUCCGAAAACUCUUUGAAAUAUUCUCUAGAUUGUGAUUUUUCUUGA